CGUCGCGACCAGAGUGGAGGAGGGACUGCUGCCCCCGCCCAGCCUCGGGGGACUCCCCUCUGAAGAGAAACCACUGGAAGCAGAAUCCUCAAGAUGCAUCGUAUAGAACUACUCUUGACACUUUUGGCACUUACGUUUACAAGCACCUCAGAAACUUGUACUUCACGUUUUAACAUCACCGCAGUCAGAGGGGAACCUUUCUAUCUGAGAUAUUGCUCAUCAGCAUCUGAGCCCAAGAAUGAAACAGCCAUCAUUAAAUGGUACAAGAGCAGUCGAUCACAGGGGCGCAUUGAGCUAAACUCAAGCAGUUCACCCAGAAUUUCUCUGCACGAUUAUGUUUUGGAGUUUUGGCCAGUUGAGUUGGAGGACAGUGGAUCUUACUUUUUCCAAAUGGGAAAUGAUACGCAUGAAUGGAAAUUAAAUGUCAUUGGAAAAAGUAAACACAACUGUUUUGCUGAAAAACAACUAAUUAGUAAAACUGUGGAAGUUCAAAAAUCUUUGCAUGUAAACUGUAAACAAAAUACAUACUAUCAAAAACUGGUCAAUAGAACAUCACUGUAUAAGAACUGUGAAAAGAUGGAGAACAAUAAAAACCCAUUUUUACAGAAGAAUGCGGAGUUUAAAGAUCAGGGAUAUUACACCUGUGUGUUUUUCAUUCAUCAUAAUGGAAAACUAUUUAAUGUCACCAAAACCUUCAAUGUAACAAUAGUUGGAGAUCGCAGCAAAAUAAUUCCUGUUCUUCUUGGACCAAAGCUUAACUAUGUGAAGGUGGAAUUAGGAAAAGAUGUAGAACUCAACUGCUCUGCUUUGGCGAAUGAAAAGGAUACGGUUUAUUGGAACGUGUGGGAAGAAAAUGGAAAGGAACCUAAUGUACAUGAAGAGAACAUAACAAGAACUAGGACUCCAGAUGGCAAAUUGUAUGCAUCAAGAACAUUGAGAAUUGAGAAUAUCAAUGAAAAAAAUCUACAGUUUUCAUAUAAUUGUGCUGUGGCCAGCGAGGGAGGCAUAGACACCAUAAACUUUGUCUUGUUGAAAAAAGAAGAGAUGGUUGAUAUCCCAGGCUACGUCUUCACCAGAGGAAUGAUCAUAGCUGUUUUGAUCUCAGUGGUAGCUGUGUUCCUAGUGAUUAUGGGCGUCAUUUAUAGAGUUGACUUGGCCCUAUUUUAUAGACAUUUCAUGGGAAAAGAUGAAACAUUAACAGAUGGAAAAAUAUAUGAUGCUUUUGUGUCUUACCUAAAAGAAUGUGGACCCGAGAAUGGAGAGGAACACACCUUUGCUGUGGAGAUUUUGCCUGGGGUGUUGGAGAAACACUUUGGGUAUAAAUUAUGCAUAUUUGAAAGGGAUGUCGUGCCUGGAGGAGCUGUUGUUGAUGAAAUCCACUCAUUGAUAGAAAAAAGUCGAAGACUGAUCAUCGUCCUAAGUAAAAGCUACAUGUCUAAUGAAGUCAGGUACGAACUUGAAAGUGGACUCCAUGAAGCGCUGGUAGAAAGGAAAAUUAAAAUCAUCUUAAUUGAAUUUACACCUGUCAGUGACUUCACAUUCUUCCCCCAAUCACUACAGCUUUUGAAAUCUCACAGAGUUCUGAAAUGGAAUGCUGAUAAACCUCCGUCAUAUAACUCAAGGUUCUGGAAAAAUCUUCUUUAUCUGAUGCCUGCAAAAAUGGUCAAGCCAUGCGGAGCUGAAUCUGAAGUCUUACCUGUUCUUUCACAGUCCUGACCUUUAGGAAAGCUGAACAUAAGAAAGAACUCUUGGCACUAUGGGCCUGGAGUGGAUGAGCCUGUUUUUAACAAAGGGCACUAUUAAAAAUAUUUACCUCUCUGAAAAUCCUACUUACAGCUUGAAGAUGACAGUCGUCAUUAUGUUGCCAGGGAUAAGACUGAACACUGAGCCGUGGUCAUGUGCUCCCAGAGGAACCUGGGAUUCCAAAGAACUGCAUCUCCUGUUUCUCCCUCCUCAAUAACUGGCUAUAGGUGCUCAUUCUCAAUCCAUGUUCAGCAACUGUGAGGCUGAUAUGCCUUAUAAAAAGGGCACAUCUUUACAUUUUUUUUAAAGAUUUUAUUUAUUUUAUUUGAGACAGAGAGAAUGAGAGACAGAGAGCA